CAACGAGGAAGAAAACAAUCGCUUGUCAUAAUCUUGACAGUAUAUUGUCAAUAAAAAGUGAAGCGUGCAAAAUAUGAAAAGGGAAAAGUGAAAAUCAUCUUUCAACGCAAAAAUGCCAUAGUUUUAUCCACUAACCAGUACCAAUAUUAUCAAGAUCAACAAAAUGGACGCCAGCUGCAUGAUUCUGACCGGAUUGCUACUCAUUCAAAUGGCCAUGGUGCUCAUCAUGCUGAACCCGAUAUACGAUGUCCGCAAGCUUACCCAGUUCAUAAGCAAUCUAACAAAAAAUUACAGACGAACUUACUUAUUUUUCGUUGCAUUCUAUUUCACAUCAGUUUUGUACCUUGGCAUGUAUUUACCAUUACAAAGCAUCCACAAAUUGAUUUUCAACGUUGGCCUCCAUGAGUAUGACAAACUGAUUCUGCUGCACAACGUCGAGAAGAACUACAUAACUGCCGGAUUUUCUCUUUUUCUAGUCGUGGUCAUAUAUGGCGUGAGAGCUUUACUUUCAUACACAGCCAGUCUGACUUUGCUCGCAGAGAAACGAAGCCAACCCUUGAUCGUCAGAUCAAAGUCCAAGGAAAAGUGCGUGCCUAACGAAAGCAUCCUACCUAAUUUGCUUCGGGUUAAGAGAUCUAUAUCCUACGAAACAGUUUUAUUUACAAACGAACUCCGGGAACAACUUAAAGUUAUUAUCAAGAGCGUUGAAUACCCUCACGAGAGAUGCGCGCUUUCUAGCAUUUUGGAGGCAAGCAACAUCACCAUGUCGUGAUUGUAUACUUUUCCCAAUAAAUUCUUCGUUCAUUUUC